CGAUUGCUGCCCUCAUAAUUUUUUUGCAAUAGUUUGGUUUUAUUACUGUUGGUGGCAGGUACGACAAACUUGUCGGCAUGUUCAGUAACAAGCAAGUCCCCACUGUUGGCGUCGAUCUUGGAAUAGAAAGAGUUUUCGCAAUCAUUGAGCAACAUGAGAAAGAAAAUAACCAGGUUAUCCGGGCUAGCGUGACAGAGGUUUUGGUGUCGAUUCUAGGGAAGGACCUUAUAUUGGCCGCCGAGCUUGCGAAUGAGUUAUGGAGUGCUGGGAUAAAGGCAGAGUUCAAGCUCACCACCAGGGAGCUGGACCACAUAAAGUAUGUGACUCAGACAGGCAUUCCGUGGAUGGUGCUGGUCAGUCAAGGCGAACUUGAAAUGUGGCCACCUUUGUAUGGCCAAUGGCUUUGUAGGCUUUCAGUAUUUGGCGUCUGUCGCCGGGUUUGUUCCGCCUCAACCAGGAUCUUCUCGGCACUGCUCUGAUGUUGUGAAAACUCACGCACGCCGACAGCCGCCUCCAUGCUCCAACUGCCGCAGCCUGCAGUUCAAGAAGUUAGUUCAGGCUUAUGAGGUUAUGAAUGAUCCUGAGAAGCUGGGAGGUCGAGGACUGCAUGAUCUAUUGGACAUCUUCCAGUCAUUCUGUGUAUAAGAUAGCUAUAUAAU